CUCGUAUUUAUAAUAAACAUAAAAAUUUGACAAUCCCUGAGAUUGCUUCACUCGGUCACUCCUGCCUUGAAGGAAAAGAAAGCAAAAGCAGUGUCGUUCUAUAUAUACGAAGCACCGAACUGACUCGGUAACGACGCGACUCGGUUGAAACAAGGCGUGAUUAUCGACUGCAGGAAGUUCGAAGAUGUUUAGGAACCAGUAUGACACAGAUGUGACGACAUGGUCGCCGGCUGGACGGCUGUUCCAGGUGGAGUACGCAAUGGAGGCGGUGAAACAGGGUUCGGCGGCGAUAGGUCUGAGAUCGAAGACUCACGUAGUCUUUGCUUCCGUUAACAAAGCCAAUUCCGAGCUUUCAUCUCACCAGAAGAAGAUCUUCAAGGUCGACGAUCACAUUGGAGUUGCAAUCGCCGGCCUCACCGCCGAUGGCCGUGUCCUCUCCCGGUACAUGCGCAAUGAGUGCAUUAAUUACAGUUACUCGUACGAGUCUCCACUCCCUGUUGGCCGACUUGUUGUUCAGCUUGCCGAUAAAGCACAGGUUUGCACACAGAGGUCAUGGAAAAGGCCAUAUGGUGUUGGCCUCCUUGUGGGAGGGCUAGAUGAGUCGGGAGCACACCUCUAUUACAACUGCCCAAGUGGAAACUACUUCGAGUACCAAGCAUUUGCCAUUGGGUCUCGCUCACAAGCUGCAAAAACAUACUUAGAGCGUCGAUAUGAAACCUUCAUGGAUUCCCCAAGAGAAAGCCUGCUCAAGGAUGCACUCUUUGCAUUGAGAGAAACCUUGCAAGGAGAGAAGCUGACGAGCUCAGCCUGCACAAUUGCUGUGCUUGGGGUAGGAGAGCCAUUCCACGUGUUGGAUAAGGAAGCUAUACAAUCUUUAAUCAAUGAGUUUGAGGUAGCAGGAGGUGAAGAAGAAGAAGCAGUUGGGGAGGGUGAUGCUCCUGCUGCUCCUGCCACAGACCCAACUGCUGCUGAAGGAGCGGCUCCAAUGGAUAUAUGAUGAUAGUAAUGUUCCAACUUCUUUUUUCAUCGAUUUUCAUUUGAAGUGUGGAUUUAUGUUGCAGAUCUGGAUUCUGGAUGGUACUCCAGCAGGUUGGAGAUCAUCUUUUGCUUAAUUGGUGUAGGAAUGUGUGUUCUGUUUAACUUCAUAAUAACUUUAUGGUUUUGAAGUUUACUUACGAGACAGUAAUCUGAGUUUCAUUUUACAGUAAAAUGCUUUUCUUUAGGCUGGCGAAGCAGCGCUUUAUUAUUAGCAAAGAAAUAUGCCAUCAAACAUUGCAUGCCAAUUUUUACAAACUCUACAUUUUCC